AUGGUGAUGCAGUACCACAGCUCCAAGUUGAAGUACAAUCAGCUUCUCGAGAUCUAUGGCGAAAAAGAGCGAAUUGACGAAGUUCUUCUGAAGGACACUGCAAGGUGUCCUUCGUCGAGAACCUCAACAUCCACAAGUGAAAGCAGAACUGGCGGUUGUCGAGAUGAAACCUGGGAUCCUUCGGCGAGCAAUCGACAUCGAAGAGUUGAUUCUGCAGACUACCCACACUUCAACAUCAACAAGUGGAAGCAGGCACGGUCAAAAUGGCAAUCUCAAUUGAUCCUUCCGACGAGGCCGCCAGCCAUUCCAAAGUGGCACAACCAACGGGCCAAACGAGGUAAACUAAGCAGAGGUCGCUACAAUCGCACCAAUUAGCCGGAAAUUGCGGUAUUGAAGAAAAAGGUGGACAGCAACCAGGAGAUGCUGGAAAUCCUGGAAAAGGAAGCAGAUGUGCAUGUAUUCAAGUUUUCAAGUUUUCGGAUAUUCCUCCGCGUCGUUGUAUCAGCCUUCUCAAUUGGCAGUUGGAUGCGGGUGCCUAG